AGCUUUGAGAAACGCAUAUUGAAACCUGGCCGCUAGAUGACGGAGAACGGUCAUUGAAUAGUUUGUCUGCUGGGGCUGCAGCAUUCCGCUCAUAAUUGUUGAUUUAUUGUUGUUCUUCACGUACUGCAAUAUCUUUGCUAUUUACUUAGUGCUGCGACAGAAAAGGAAGCAGAUACUUUCAUGGCUAGCCAUGAAUUUUCGAAAGACUCAAAAUCUGUUUUCGUUUUUACGUUUUCUUUGGUUCUGCUCCAUUGGCUAGUCUGUGCUGGAGGAAUCAUGAGUGAAGCUGAACCUUCUUCAUCCUAUGUUGAAGAGGAGCAUCAUUCAGAAGAUCAUGAACUUGUACAUGUCAAACAUCGCUUAGAAAUAUUGCCAGAAGCUCCUCUCACAGGGUUUGCACUUGUCAAGAGAGUGGACGAGACACUCAACCUCACCUGCCAAGUAGUCAAAGAAUCUGGACCCUUUGUUAAGUUUCAGCUAGAAUGGCAUCUCCCUCAGCACAGUACAAAUCGAAUGCACAAUAUCUUCAAUAAGCCUGGAGCUAUAAACACCCUUCACCUAACAAUAACUAAAUUACAGGAGUCUGAUAGUGGAAUGUAUCGUUGUAUUGCCCGUGGUGAAAAAUUAACACAACUACAACAUUCAGUUGAUAUUAGUAUUUUACCAAGAAAAGGAACUUGUGGUGAUAACAUGUUCAUGUGUUCUUCCAAGUCUUGCAUACCUCAACGUUACAAAUGCGAUGGCACUCCAGAUUGCGGUGAUGGAGCAGAUGAAUCCAAAGAAAUUUGUGGCGAAUCUCCUUGUGACGGUAAAUUGCACUGUGACGAUGGUAGAUGUAUAUCGAAGAAAGUCUGCUGCGACAAGUACUAUGAUGCAAAUUGUACGGCAACCUACGAAAUCCCUUGUUGUGGCAAGCUGCUCAAUUUCCUUGCACCAGAUUUUCCUCUUCAAACGCACCAUCAGUUCCACGAAAUUGGUUUUCUUCAGUCUACAAUGUAUACGAUCAUAGGUUGUGCUGUGGCGUUCGUUCUCAUCGUUACCUUCACAGUUAUUACCGUGUGUCGUGUCCACAUGCGCCGUUCGGCCAUCCCCAACGCCUACGCCGCAUACCGAUCCGACACGCGUGUCUGGAGUGACCUUGACUCGUACUUGGCAACGUCCAACAAUCGUUGGACACGUGGGCUGCUCCGAUCUGAUCUGAGUCGUUCUCCUGGCUUGGUUUUGAAUUCCUAUGGAGAUCCAGGCGGCCCCGGACCCAAUACCAGUUUAUUAGUCACGUAUAACAUUAAUAAUGGCGUCCAAUUAAUGGGUCGGCCUGUCGAGCCACCACCCUACGAGGAAGUGGCCGCUGGUAGGCACGCUACUGGUAAUCGAGAUGAGCCACCACCUCCCUAUGUCUCACGAGAGAAUCUUAGCACGAACGACUGGUCUGUGACUCGCAAUGUCAACAACAGCAACAGUAGUAACAACGUCAGCAAUGGCCCGUUCCUCUCAGCCAUUUUCUCACUUUUAGUAAAUAACGCACAACCGUUGCCUGGCCAACCGCAGCUGGCUGAUAGAAUAGUUCCUCAAGCACCUGCGCCUCUGGAAUUGGCCGCUGAACGUGUUGAGGAAGACAACAACAACGGGGACAUUAAUGGGAAUAACACGGGGCAGAUCUGGGUCAGACCCAAUUUCAAUAACCGCGCACUUCCAAAUCCAGAAGUCAACACGACAGAACAGCGACCAUCAAGGAUAAAUCCGUCGUCUGACACUCCCGGUAGUCCCCCUUCCUAAAUAGCUCCCAAUGUCGCUAUUGCAGUUUUAAAAACGGAAUGACUUUUAAAAUUUCUUGUUUCGUAAUGUAACAGAUUACUAUCAUAUCUAAUCCUUUGACGUGCGUAUGGGUUCAAGUGCAGAAAAUGAUCUGUUUUGCGGCACAUGUGUGAACUUUUGACCUCGAUCGCAUAUAUCUACGGCAUUUCUUCAUUUUUAAUCACCAAACUAUUUCUCAGUAUCGUCGACAAUGCAUGUGCCAAUCUCUUGUACAGUCUCUGAACAUUUUCUUCCCGUCCCAUUUUAUUCGCUUUUUCCCUCAAAGUGAAACACUUUAACUUUUAAAAAAUCGGGUCAGUGUUUUUGUAAAAAAAUGUUAGCAAAAGAAGACAUUAACCGUAUCCUAAUAGACAUACAGAAACGAUGCGUUUUAAGCCAACUUAAGCGUUCCGCUGUCAUCGUAACAGUGCAAUCCUCGCCUUUGUUUAUCUUCGGGGCUAAUGCAAUUGGGACAUUUGCGGUUUACUAGGGUUAUUUGACUGAUAUCUUCCCGUAUUAUGUCAUGUUAUUCUUUAGGUGGAGAGGAGGCUCUCCUAAGCGAUUCAGGUCUAGAAGCAAGAAGGAAAACAAAACAAUUGUUCAGAAAAUAAAUCCCACAAAUGAAUGACCGUCGCUGUCCGAAAAAACUGUAUCAUAUGUUGAUGACAUUUGGUGUCCGGACAGAGUUGAAGACGGAAGAAAAAGAAACCGUUCCGCUCAGACGAACAAGCUGGAUGCCUCAGGUGAACCCAACCAAACAAAGAAAAAGAUAAAAUUCGCAUGGUCUGAAACUCGGCAAUCAUCUUGCUAGAAAUGAUUAUGAUGCUGCUCACGAAAUCUCCAUUGAAUUGAAAAAUAACGGAGGUUGUGCACCCCACAAGAGAAGUAUAUUUAUAUAGACGUCAAUUAAAGUUUUGUUGCACACGUUCGUGGUCGCAGUCGUUUACUUUUUCCUCAUCCUGCCCUUAAUACUUGCUAGGGGUCGAACACCU